AUGUGGUUUGUUCUCUUCGUUUUACAGGAAAUGAACGAGUGGCUUUUGAGCUUGGAUCCUGGACCAACUGAUUUAUCUGACGCAUUGUUCCAUUUCCUUUCCUCCCAGGACUGGUACGAAGUGACCUUACUUCUGGAUUCAGAAUCCACGUUCUCAAGUACUGUCAGCAGGAGACUGCUCCAAUUGUCCAACGGACCGUCCCUGCUCAAAAUCAUCAAGUUGCCCACUGACAGCGUGAUCCGCCGUCAGAUAGAACGAGAGAGCGCCGUGUCUCGGGAGGGACUGGAGCCCCCGACUUUCGAAAUCGUGAACCUGGUCUCGGGGCCUCACGGAACCCGGCGUCGCUGGAAGCGCUUGGGCAACGUGACCGGAUCUCGGGUCUCCAUGGACGCAGUGGUGUGGCUGCGGGCGCCCCGGGUCGGGGCUCCGCGAAGGGCGGCGGUCUCGCGCCCCGGGGCGGCCAGCGGCCGGAGGAGAUUCCGCGUCGUGACGGCCUUCUCGCCCCCCUUCGUGAAGCCCGGCACUCGAGUAGAGAACGGGAGUUGCCUGAUCGGGGUGCCUUGUCUUCAGGUGGAUACAAACUUGAAGGAAGAAAUAGUGGCGAUAUUCGCCGAUUAUGUGGCUGGGAAGUCGGAAGGUGUCCUAUACAACAUCACAUGCUGUGCGGGCAUUUCGAUUGCCCUCUUGCUCGCUUUGUCUCGUGAUCUCGGCUUCGACUUCGACCUGUACCUGGUAGCCGACGGUCGGUUCGGCAACGCGCGCGGCGGCAUCACGGCCGAUUUGGUGUCUGGUGCGGCCCACAUGACCUUCACUGCCUUUAGUAUGACCAGCGGCCGGCAGCGGGUCAUUGAUUUUUCCGUCCCUUACUUCCACUCUGGGGUCUCUUGCCUCACCUCCUCGCAGUACAGAGUUGUGCCGCUGUCAGCGUUCCUGGUGCCCUUCAGCAUUCAACUCUGGGUGGCUAUUUUCGGCGGACUCACAGCAACUGCUAUCGCCGCAGCCAUCUACGAGUGGCUCAGCCCCUUCGGCCUGAACCCCUGGGGGAGACAGCGCACCAAGAACUUCAGUCUGGCAUCGGCCCUCUGGGUCAUGUGGUCCCUCUUAUUUUCGCACCUGGUCGCCUUCAAGGCCCCAAAGUCCUGGCCAAAUAAAGUGCUCAUCAACAUUUGGGGCUGCUUCAGUGUCAUCUUCCUCGCUUCGUACACUGCGAACAUCGCCGCCCUGUUCGCGGGUCUAUUCUUUCAUCUGAGAGUCGAUGAUUUUCACGAUGCACAUCUUCUCAGCUCACGAACCGGAACAGCCAGAGGAAGUGCAGCAGAGUUCUAUGUUUAUAAAGAGAAUGCGGAAUUGUGGCAGCAUAUUCAACGCUACGGGGUCGACUCGUUACAGCAAGGACUGGAAAAACUUAGGAACAAGGAGUUGGACAUGCUGAUUGGAGACACGGCAGUAUUGAAUUACUUCCGUGGAAACGAUCCCGGAUGCAAUCUUCACCUUCUCGGGGAUUCAAUUUUCGACGAUGCUUAUGCAGUUGGAGUGCAGAAAGGUUUUCCACUCACGGAUGCCAUUUCUCACCAACUACUAAAGUACAGUGAGUACGGGUACGUGGACCAGUUACAGAAAAAGUGGUACGGUCGUGUUCCAUGUUUCGACGAUCGUCUGCAUCGUUUCAACCAACCAGAACCACUCAGCGUCGAAGCAGUUGCCGGAGUCUUCAUUAUGCUUCUAGUUGGCGUUGGUGUAGGGGUCCUCAUCCUCGUACUGGAACACGUUAUUUUCAAGUACGCUUUACCUGUACUGAGACGAAAGCCCAAAGAAUGCAUCUGGAGAAGUCCUAAUCUCAUGUUCUUUAGUCAGAAGUUGUACCGGUUCAUCAAUACAGUUGAGCUGGUUUCACCUCAUCACUCCGUGAAAGAAAUAAUUUCUAAUCUCCGGGAAGGACAGAUAGCAAGUCUGUUUCAAAAAAGUGUGAAAAAGAAAUUUAAAGAAGAAGCUAGAAGAAGGAAAAGCAAGUCACAAUUUUUUGAUAUGAUUCAAGAAAUAAGGAAAGUGGUACGAGUGCAAAAUGAAGCAAAACCACCUUCUUGGGAGGAUUCUCGACAGCAACUUACAUCUCCAAAGGUAGCUAGCGUGGUCCAUUGGGAAACAGAUGAACACGGAGAAGAUGAUGACGAUGAUGACAGUGAGGAUGAUGAAGAGGAAGAAGACGACGAAGACGAUUAUCAUCAAAGAUUAAGAAUAGCGUCCAGUAUGCAGAACCUUACGCAAGUUACAGUUAUUCAGCAUUCGUACAGAUAUUGUUCAGAUUCACCAGAAGAACCUGAAUCAUUGGUAGAAUCGUACAGUUCUGCUAGUUCUGUAACAUUCAAUCGCAUUCGUACCCGUCUGAGUGCCAGCACAGGAGAUCUGGCUGCAAUUCAAAGGCGACAGGAUCCAUGGGCAACAGCUGGUUUCAUACCUUUUCCGAGAGUCAGGUCUCUGGAUGACAUCAGAGAAACAAGAAAAGACUCGUUAUCAGUGAGUGACAACAAGGAAAGAUUCGAAUCCUUAGAAUUUGACAACCUAAGUGCAACCUGGAAGUCGUCAUAUGCCAUUGACGAGUUGAGGUUGCUGUCAAUGAGCAAAGAAGAAAUCGUCAAAUUCUGGCAAGACUCGGAACGAGCGUUGCUGAACAGGUUACAAGACACACUGAAGGAAAAGCGCCUUUUGGAACAGAAACUGGCGUUCAUUCAAAAGACGUUGCUCAAACCACCUUGA